GGCGGUUUUCCACGCCACUUUACAAGCCUUACCUACCCCCUUUUAUGUCUUUAUGAUUUGUAUAGCAGUUGCUCUACUCUCUCUUUCCACGUUCACACACUCUGCUUGCCGAAACAAAGACGUCGCUAUUGUCGCCGUCCGCCCGAUCCCGAAACCAACAAAAACCAAGAGCAGCGACCCCGCCCACACCCGGUUGGCUCUUUGUCCCGGCGCUCAAGGCGAGACAAAGACGGGCGUGGACUGUAUGACGGCGGGGCCGGGAGGACAAGGGGAGGACAACCCUCGAGUGUGUGUGCUGCACACGUCGGGCGACCUACUUAGUGGCUGGCUUCUCUGGAUCCUGAUCUUUUGCAGAUGCCGUCUGUCUAGGUGCGGGCGUACGCUAUAUACACAUAUACAUACACAUAUACCUAUAUACGUUCACACCCGUACGGACACAUCCGCCAGCGCGCAGACGCCGACUCGGAGAGACGAUGGCUUCGCCUUACCAGGGCCCCCCUGACGAAGCGACGGCCCAAGCCGACGAGGGCAGCGGCGGCAAUCUCCCCCCGCCGCCGCCGCCAGAGGCGCAGAAGCCGAAGAAAAAGAAGAUGUCCCGGAGGCAGCCUCUGCCGUCUCGGUACCCGCCCCCCGAGGCGCUGCCAGACUACGUCCACCGCGCCCUGCCCCUGCCGCCGCCACCGCCGCCUCCCGCCCCUACGCCUUCGGGCGGGCUGUCCCCGCGGGGCGGCAGCAACGACGACGACGACAGCAGAGGCGCGGCCGAGGAGGGCGCGGCCCCGCGCCGCGUAGCGCCGCGCCAGCGCCACCGUGUCGAGGAGUACGUGGUCAGCCCGAUCUCGCUGCCGGCGUCCAGCGUGGGCGAGGGAGAAGGGGAGGAGGAGACGAGGGAAGGAUACACCCGCCGCGCCAGGCGGGGGCAGGGGGAGGGCCAGGAGGAGUUAUACUUCGAGGUGUCGCCGGUGUCGCCGGGGAGCGAGCGGGAGGGGAGCGGCGACGACGAGACGGCGGCGGUUUCAGAGCUGGACUCGCCGCUCGACGACGACGACGACGGGGACGAAGAUUGGGCCGGCGACGUGUCGGACGCGAUGCUAGCGCUGCCGCGACAGGGCCCCGAACCGACGCCGAGCCCCGCGAUGCCGUCGUCGGGCGUGUUCUACUUCGCGCUGGAGAGCCCGCCGCCGCCUCCGCCGCGGCUCAGCCGGCGGUACAGCGACCCGGCGCACGCCCGCGGCGACGCAGCGGCGGCGCAGAUCCCGGCCGAGACAGACGCGGCGCCGCGGAAGCCAGCAGCAGCCAUCAACGGCGCGCGCGGCGAGAGAGACGGCGGGCCGCCGCCGCCGCCGCCGCCGAAGACGGUGUCCUUCGGGGGCGGCAGGCUGGGCGCAGGCACGGGCGGCGGCACGCCGGCGACGGGGUUCGCGGCGCGGCCGCGGGCGAGCAGCGGCGCGCGGCGCACGGCGCCGGCGCCGCCCCCGCUCAAGCUGCGCGAGCGCCCGCUCGCGGACCAGUACGUCAAGACGCCGUUCCCGCGGGCGGGGCCGGGCAGCAGCGCGCGCAGCAGCAGCAGCGUCGAGAGCGGCGACAGCGGGGUGCUGGGCGUGGGCGGCGCCCCAACGCCGUCGCCGCUGCGCGCGCCCGCUCGCGCGACGUCCCCGCCGCCCGACCCCGGCCUCGGCCGCGCCGCGAGCCCCGCACCGUCGGGCGCCGGCCCCAAGGUCAAGAGCAUGCUGUCGAGGGCGAAGACGGGGCUGGGGCUGGGGCUGGGCCGAGGAUUGGGGAUGGGGAUGGGGAUUGUGGGGGGAACCGCGGCUGCCGGCGCCCACGAGCGCAAGCGCGCCGAGAUCAAGCGCCAGAUCCGCGUCGCUGCCGAGCCCGGCCCCCCGAAGCCCAAGCCGAAGACGGGGUCGUAGUUACCUAGAUACAGGCAGGUUAGGGCAGGCUGCUGAGUGUUAUUGUAGUAUGUAGCGGGCGCAGAGACCGAGGAUAGAAAUCCUACUAGCUGCUUGUUUCGUGCAGAUUGGCUUGAUGCCAGCGAGGGUCUCUCCGUCCGGAGGCUCGGGGAGGUUCGUUUCUAUGGGACCAUGCUCGGGGGCAGGGGAGAUGAGCUAAAUAAUGAAGACUACCAAGUAGCGCUGUUAGGAAUCGAACCUAUCCUCCAUUAAGUAACCCAUUGAUCUAGGGGUAGCUCGGGUAGCUUCAGUACCUACACCUAUAUAGGUACCGUAGGUACUGUC